UCAGCAAACUGACUUCCAGUCAGCAGAGAGAAGAGGGAGACAUGGGUCAGAAACACUGCUGGGUCCAGGCUAUCAAGUGCCAGCUACUGGUUGCCAGUCUCUUUGUCAUGCUGCUUGGGCUCUCAAUAGCUAUACUAACGAUUAUCACCUACCAUGAGAAGCAUUUCAUUGUCAUAAGUGAAGUCUCAUUGGAAGCAAACCCCAUCAGAACCUUUCACAGUUUAGUUUUCUACACUGGAAUAUGUCUGAGUAGCAUCCUGACAGUUGCUGCUAUAUUGAGCGUUGUUGCCAUAUGGAGAGACAUAAAGAGCGCUGUGGCAGUGGGAUUCCUCUGUUUUGCUGUGGUUUUCUGUGUAUCCAUUCAGGCUGCCUACUGGACAAUAACUAACAGCACUGAGGCUGAAGAUGCCAUGAUGGAUGUGUAUGACUUUGUUUAUGAGGAAGUGAAAAGCAACUCUUCCAGUAACAGAAGACAGGAGCUACUUACCAUCCAUGAAAUGUUUCUCUGUUGUGGAAAGAAGCUACUCUUUGAAGAAGCAAGCCGUAUUGAAAAUGAAACAUGCCAGUCAGAAACAACAGGAACAACUAAAGAGGAUUGCCUCCAAGAGAUUCACAUCUUCCUGAAAAAACAUAUGAGAUUUGUCUCCAUACUGAUGAUCAUUACAACUAUAAUCAUGGUAUAUGGGAUGAUCUUAACUUCAUUCCUCUGCUUUUCAAUUCAUUUCAACAACAGUUUGGAUCGAAAGGACAAGUAUGUUCUCACAGGACGCUAGGAAAUUGCCUAUUGAGCCCUGCCCCUGGAGAAAAGUUCAAGGCCACUGCAAACCAUGAGAUAUUGAACAAUGUGUUGUGGUUGUGAGAGGACUAUCACUGGCCAUUCAAGUUCUUAUUAUUCAUUCUACUUGUUUUUGCAUCUAUGAUAUUCUAAAUAUGUCCAGACCAACAUUAUACAACCAAAAAAGCUGUGGAGACAGUAGGUAAAGCCUGAACAAAGGGUUGGUUGGAAAAGGACAUGAUCAGUAUGCAGAUUUAUGUGGGGGGGGGGGGGGGAAUGACAAGAAAUAUACAAGAACCCAAGAAGUUGCCCAACCAGAAGUAUGAUUUCCACUUGAAAACCAUGACUGAAUGCCCCCAUAACUAGUCAUAAUAGAACAGCCUAUCCCAGCUGAAAGGAAACUCAAGAAAAGUCAAGCUGUAAUUCAGUAGCCACAAAAAAAUUAAAUAUCAGAA